CAUCUUGUGUAUUUGUGUUUAUUUAAGUGGUCAUUUUUUUCUUCUUUGGUCAAGUGUGUGUUUGUGCUAGUGUGUAUAUCUCAGUGCAUUUCACAAUCAUGUCGUUGAUGUCGGUGUCGAAAGUGAUCAACAUCAUCAUCAACACAAAUCGAUGAAUUCAUAUCCGAAUCUUGUCAUAUUGAAUCAUGAUCAUUUAGUUUUUAUUUUUUAUAUCGUCUAUGUAGUUAAUGAUCACCACAAAUCACCCAUUGGAUUAUAUUUGCUACAAACAUGAAUUUGGUAGUGCAACGGGUGAAUUUUUUCUCCAUUUGAUUUAUGCCACAAGUGUCACAAGAGUGAGUGAGAGAAGACAGAAUUUAUCACCAUUAUAACCAUAAACAUAAACAUUAACAUUAACAUUAACAUCAGUAAAUUGAAAUUGAUCAAAAAAGUUUUAUCGAUUACAAUUUUCAAUUAUCGUUGUGUUGUGUUUACAAAAGUGAGAUUCCUUGUGAUAAUCAUCAUCAUCGUCAUAAUAAACAACAUAACCGAACAUCACAUCGUCAUCAAGAAAGGAAUUUGGUUUUCUUGGUCGUCGUUCGAUGUUGACCUGUCAUUUUCUUCACUUUUUUUGGUUUGUGUUUAAGUGUGUUGAACAUUGAGAAAAAACAUUCAAAAAAGUUGAUCAUUAUAAUCCACAGAACAUCAGUGAAUACAAAUCAUUUUAUUUUGCGUGAUUUGUAGCAAUUUAAAUCUAUCUAUGAUCGAUAAUAAUAACCACAUCAAUAUGGAUGAUCAUUGCAUCAGUUGUCAUCGUCAUUAUUGUGAAUGGCCUAUAUUCCUGCUAGCUUCCAUCAAUCACAAAGUGAUGACCACCACAAACAUUCGCCAACGCUGAUUAUUGGUCAUAAAAGCAGUAAUAAUAAUAAUCGAUUACUCCGUUACAAAAAAAAAUCAAAUAUUUGCACAAACAUCAAUCAAUCAAUCAAUCAAUCAUCAUCAUUAUUAUCAAUCAUUUAUUCAAUCAUUUAUUUUAUCGUUAUUCCGUUUCCGACUACAUCAUUCAAGUGCCUUAUCCAUCACUAUAAUUUGAUUCAAAUCAUCAUCAUCAUUCUAGUCGAUCAUUGAAAAAAUCAUCAGAUUCAUCAACCUGCGAAAAAAUGGUCUCAUUUAAUCAAUUCAAUUGUCCACAAACGAUGUGUCCGACAAUAUCAAUAACAACUAGCAGCAGCAACAGCAGCAGUAUUGGUUCAUUAUGGUUCGAUAAAAAACGAAAGAAACACCCAUGGACGGAUUGUUUAUCGUUCAUUAUCAUGAUGAUGAUGAUGAUGACAAACAUGUCACAAUGUCAACAGCUACAACAACAACAACAAGCAAUGUUGAGCAUGUCAUCUUUGAUUGAUGCGUCAUCCACAAAAAUGAUCAUUAUUAAUGAUCGUUUUAAACGACAGUCAUCAUCACUGUCAGAUUCACAUCAUCAUCAUCAUCAUCAUAGUAGCACAAUCAAAUUGCAAAGAUUUCUAAUUGAACCAGAAAAUCUAACCGUUAAUAUUGGCGAAUCGAUUAUAUUACCAUGUCGUGUUUCGAAUAAAGCUGGUACUGUUCAAUGGACACGAGAUGGAUUCGGUCUUGGCGCUGAUCCACGAUUGGAAGGAUUUCCCACCUAUUCAAUGAUGCAUAAUGAUGCUACUGGCGAUUAUUCAUUGAAAAUAUCAUCAGUAACACUGGAAGAUGAUGCCACAUUUCAAUGUCAAGUUGGUGCAUUGGAUAAUGUGCCAGGAAUUCGAUCACAGAAUGCACGUUUGACCGUACGUGUACGACCCGAUGAUCCUGUCAUUGUUUUGGGUAAUCUUGUACCAUAUCAUCAUCAUCUAAAUAAUAAUAAUCUACAACAACAAGAAGUACAACUAUUAUCGACCACAGCGGGCAACAAAAUUGAAUUAACAUGCGAAUCACAUGGUGGUCGACCUGCUGCUGAGCUUUCAUGGAUCAAUUCAAGAAAUCGUGUAGUGAAAAAAGGCAUUACCACAAAGAUAACGACUAUGAAUGAUGGUAAAAGAUUCAAUACGGCUUUAAAAUGGACGUUUGAACCGACAAAAAGUGAUCAUCAAAAACGUCUAUAUUGUCGUUCGUCACAUCCUACAUUUGCUUCAUCAUCACCAUACGCAUCGAUAAAUUCAUCGAUGACCACACCAACGGCGGCCAUUAUGUUAGAAGUUAAAUAUGCACCCGAAGUUAAAUUAGAAGUGUCACGAAUUGUCGUUGCUCAUAAUAAUAAUAAUAAUAACGGCAACACAUUGCCAUCACAGCCUUUGUCAGUGUUUGGUGUGUCGAAUUUGCAUGGCAGAGUUGGCGAUACGAUACGAUUCCGUUGUAUGGCAGAUGGCAAUCCAGGCAAAAAUUCCAUGAUUUACGAAUGGUUACGUAAUAACGAAGUUAUCAUUGGCGAUCAUGGCAAUGAAUUAGUUAUCGAUAAUGUGGACAAAUCAUUUAAUGGUGCCGAAAUCCAAUGCAAAGUAUCGAAUCCAGUCGGUACUGGACAAUCAUCGAUUACAUUGAACAUUGCAUAUGGUCCUUCAUUUUCGCCAACAAUUGAAUAUGUUUAUGGUGCGAAUCCUGGUGAUACUGUCCGAUUAGCUUGUCCAGUGGAUGGAAAUCCUGCACCAGAAAUAACAUGGAUUAAAGUGGGCACAAGUUCAGUGAUGAGCACUGGUCCGAAAUUGACCAUACGUAAUGUUCAAGAAGAUGUUGGUGAAUAUUUAUGUCGAGUUUCAGUGAAAGGAUUCCAAGAGAUUUCGGCCAUCAUUUAUCUUCGAAUUAAUGGUCCACCAAAGAUCCGGAAAGCACAGCAAUCAUCAUCAACACCGUCACCGACAUCAUCAUAUUAUAGUCUACUUUAUCCAGUUAAUGAUAAUAAUCUUGGUACAAAUCCAAAACAAAAGUCAUCGUCAUCAUUGCAGAAUAAUCGUUUCUUUGCGGUUUUGGGUGAACCGGGACAUUUAGAAUGUCUAGUCGAAUCGGUACCAUCACCAAUAGCCAUUACAUGGAUACAUAAUGGACAGAUUUUCACAUCAGGAUCAGCCAACAAUAUUCCCAUCAAUAUCGAUAUACACGAGGAAACACUAAAAGAAGAAAUGGUCGUACAACGAACAUCAUUUGAUAUUCGACAAACGUUCGAGAAUGAUUUCGGCUAUUAUAAUUGUGUUGUAGUUAAUAGUUAUGGUUCGGAUUGGCAUCUAGUGUCGUUAGAAGAAAAAACGAGUUUUUCCACAAUUGUCAUAUUCGUUGCCAUUGCCAUAUUGAUUCUUGUGUUUGUCGUAUUGACAACAACAAUUCUUUUGUUGUCGAUUAAACAUCGAAAUCUUGUGAAACAACAACAACAACAACGUCAAAAUCAGGAAACUGAAUCUGAUGGUGAAAAAGAUAGCAAAGAACAUUACAUGGGUAGCUUGGAUAAUCCAGAUAAUCAUAAUAUCUAUUCAACACAUUCAACGCGGACAAAUUCCUCUUCCGCACAUUAUUUUCUAGAUAAAAAUGGACCAACAGAAACUGGAACAAUUAUUACACGAUCCGGAUCGACUGGAUCGCAACGUUCAUCAACAUCAUCCUCGUUUCCUGUAUAUUUAGAUCAGCCCACUAGCAGUUCAUCACCUGGACCAAACACUGGUAUUAUCAGUCGAACAAUUAAUAGCCUUCAUAAUCAUCAACGGCGAUCGCCUCAUUCACAAUUGAUGAACAAUCAAGCAAUGCAAUUUGGUACUAUGAAUGGUGCUAAUGUUUCUCAUCAUCCUCAUCAUCAUCAGAGACCAACAUCACCACCAUUUUUUGCCAAUUCAGUUUUCGAUACAGCUAGUGAAUUGAAUUCACCGAUGAUAUCGAAUAACAACAUGGCCAAAUCGGAUCAAAUUGUUGCUAUGCCACCGUUAUCAUCGACUAAUUAUUCAACGUUGACCAGACAUUUAGCAUCGAUACCGAAUUCAAAUCGAAAUUCCUAUUCACCAUAUCUGGCACAGCAAUUUUAUCAACAACAACAGCAACAACAAUUUGAUAAUAAUAUUCAGAUGGCCGCCAAUCAAAAUCCUAUAUCAUCACCAUCGACGAUCGAUAUGUAUCAGGCAAAUCCGUAUUCGGUUCAUUCAUCACAACCGAUUGGCAUUGCUGUUAAUAAUAAUCGAGUCAAAUCAACGCCGAUGCCUACACCACCGCCAUCUCUUGCCAAAGAAUUGGAUAAUUGCAUUUCAAAAAUAAGCAUUGCAACACAUGUAUAAUAAUGAUGAUAAUUCAAUUUGAUUUUUGAAAAUGUCAAUCUUUUUUUAGUCUUUUGCUUUCUCUAUUUCUGUCAAGAAAAUUAAUUUUUGUUUUAUUUAUCACUUUGUACAAAUUUUUUCAUUCAUCAUUCAUUGUAUUAAAUCAAAUAAAUCAUUCAAUAUGUACAAGUUUAUAUCUAAAAAUGUGGAUAAAUUUCAAAAAAGACUGGUCAUGGAAUUUACGAUUCUCCAUUUGAUACAAAAUAGAGAUACAAAACUACAACAAAAAGUCAAGAAACAGUAUUAAUAAUUUAGCCAAUUUUUCACAUUUAUAGAGCAUUUACUGUUCAUAGAUUUUUUUCUGUUAAUAGAUGGCGUCACUUGUAUAAUUUAAAAUCAAAUUGCAAAAAAAAAUAUCAAUAGUUAGAGAAAAAGUAAUGGAAAAUCAUGAAUAUGAUGAACUGAUGAACAUCAUAGUCGAAAAAAAACAGUUGCUUCUUUAGCUAUAGCUCAAUGAUGAUGAUAAAGUCAUGCCAAUUUUGAUUGGAGAUUAGAUCAUCAUUCUUGUAAACGAUGUUUUUUUUGUUUUUGUUUUGAAUGCAAGAUAAUUUUAUUUCUCAUUUUCUCGUUGUUGGACACAAUG